CCCUACAGUGUCAGUGUCCUCCAGACAGAGCUUCGUUUGGCGUGUGAAGAGCGAGACAUGCUCACACAGGAGCUCAAAAGGACCCCGAAGCUGAUCAAGAAAGCUUUGGCUGAUCUGCAUGAACAAUAUGAGAACAAAUUCAGGCAGCAGCAGAAGGAACUGGAGCAGAGCUGGAUGGAGGUCCAGCAAGCUGCAGCAGGCCGUGACGAGUCUCGGCGGAUUCUGCAGCAGAGUCAGGAGCAGCUGGAGGAGAGCAAGGUCAUGUUAGAGAAACUUCACUCUGAGCUGCUCAGUCAGCAGGAGAACAGUGAGCGAGUCCUGCGGGACAGAGUGGCUGAGCUCGAGGACUCUUGUGCUGAGAAGCUGAGAGAGAUGGAGGUCGACGUUAGCACGGCCAGGAGAGAGCACACCAAAGCAGUAAUGACUUUGCGGCACUUUGAGAGGCAAGCAGCAAGGAAACUGGAUCAGAUGAGAAAAACUCAGCUUUUGCAGAGCAAACACACAAAGAUCAAUGAUCAGAAGAAGCAACUGAAGGAGGCACAGUUAAAUGUCAGUGAGGGAGAGCUGAGUGAUUACACAACAGCCCUACUUCACAACUCUGCCGAUCUCAAGGACAGAGGAGAAAAACCUUCAGAGAGCAGCUGUGAAGGAGUGAUGUUACAUCUACCUGUAGACAAGAGACUUCUGUCUGUUCUGGAGGAGCUCCAAACUCUGAGUGCUGCAGUGAUCAACAGCUCUGAGGACUCUACAGAGGAGGAGGAGGAGCAUCAGAACAGCAUGGGCCCGUCCACAACGUGUCCACACAGCUGAUACCCGAAGAAGACUAACAGGGCUCUGAACACACCUUUAAUUAGGAUGAAAGGUGGGCAGUUUUAAUCACAGCUAGGGAGGUGAUUGGUUGGACCCACAUGUUG